AUGUCGAACUCAACUACCCCUAUGAGGACCAAGCUCCGCAACCUUCCCGUCUUGAAGGGAUCAUUGCCGGAUGCCGCAUUGGAGUCAUUGCCAGACGAUCCUCAUCAAGCAUUCGAAGUGUGGAUCAGCGGAGCAAUAGACGUUGGAGUACCCGAGCUACAUGCUAUGACCGUUUCCACCGUCGACGAAGCCGGAUGUCCGGACUCACGAGUCCUGAUCUUGAAGAACGUCGACGCGCGAGGCUGGCAUUUCGCCGUCAAAAGCGACAAGCCCCAAAGAACAUCAGAGCAAACCCACAAGUCGCCCUGGGCUUUUAUUGGCCCCAACUUGGCCGUCAAAUUCGAAUCCGAGGACGAGCUAUCGGCCUUCCUGGCGAGGAAUGUGCCGCCGACUUUCUCGAUCACCCGUGGGCCUCGCGAAGUGAUCCGCAGCAUGUCUCUCCGGAGUGGCAAGUGUACGCGGUCUUGCCGAGUACUGUUGAAUUUUGGCAGGGAGCGUCGGAUCGACUCCACAAGAGGUUGA